AAAUAAAUAAAUAAUCAUCCUUCACCUCACAUAAAGAACCCUAGCACACAAAAUAUAUAAAACCAACCAAAGCCCUAAAACCAAAGGAAGCCAUGGCCAUGAAGCUGAACGCAAGCACAGCCCUCCUCUUCAUCUUCUUCCUCGCCAUGCAGCAGAUACAACAUUCUGCAGAAGGGUCCACGUCUGUGCUGCCAUGUCUGGAGAGAAUCCUUCCUUGUCAGUACUACAUGCAUUCCUCCAAUCCUCCAUCAUCCUGCUGCACGCAUCUCAAAGACAUGAUGAACUUUAAUCCAAGGUGCUUCUGCACUGUCUUCAGAAAUGAUAAUAUAUUGACCGCAAUGAAAGCCAGCACUCUUGAUGCUGCAAAGCUCAGCGCCAAUUGUGGACUCAAGCCUAAUUUCGAGCUCUGUGAUGAAACAUCUAGAAGCAGCAUUACUGUGGGACAAAACUUCAUAAAAGCUAAUGUUAUCAUAUUGGGUACAAUUUCAUUACUUAUAGUAAUUGGAAUAAUGUAACAAUAUCUAAUAUUAGACUUAUUUAUUGGGGCUUCUUUGAUGAAGAUAAUUUAUUUCUAUU